UCUUCGUCGGCAGCUGCUACUAAAUUGGGCCGUUCUGUUUUGCCCCUUCUGCUAGGGCUUCGAGUCUUCUCCUACCUCGCGGCCAAUUAGCUCUGUUGCUGCCUCGGCUGCAGAGUAAUUAGGUUAUGGCAGCAGAUGAUGAUGGCAUCUCAGUGCUGCUUAAUGAACCCAGUGAAUCUGAUGAGAGAUCAGUUGAGCUCUUAGAUGAGGUUUCCGCUGUACUUCAAGAGUCUAUCAAAUCAGAUGAGAAGACAGCUGAACUCAAACCAGAAGAGGUAGCUUGGGUAGAUUCCUGCCUUGAAUUUGGUCCAGAAAUGUCAGAUGAUAAAUGGAUUUCUCUGAAAAAUGCACUGCUUGAUGCUCUGAGCUCCUAUCCUACAUCUUACGAAGCCACAUCUGCCGCCAUGGAGAGCAACGAAGACGACGAGAGUGUUCAAGUGAGCGAGGUGGCAGCUCAAGAUCAUGUCGCAGAGCAUCAACCAUCUGAGGAGACACAGAAAGAGGCUGUGGAUGUGGAAGUUUCAGUGAGUCAAGAGGAGGUGGAAUCACGAGAGAGUAUUUUCAAGGUGUGGGAUUUGGAGACUCCAGCAGCUGAAGAGGAGGAAGAUGAACUUAUCCAACAGCUGAAGAAGCUUCUCACCGGAAGUAGAGAAGGUCAAGAAGAGCUGCAACCUAGCAAUUCCAGCUUGGCUCUCAGCCAAGAAAACGUCGCUGAACUUGUCACAAGCAUGGUGGAUUUGUCGCUGAAGCCUUUCGACGAGUAACUAAUGAAUUUGCCAUCCUAACUGCAACAGAGACUACAAACAUGAAGAUUGGUUCUGUCAUUUAAGCCAUUCCUGUCUUUUAUUUGUUUGUUCUGACUUGCUCUUUGUACUCGAAAUGCCCAGUCUAUAUUUCUUGGUAUACUUUAGUCUUUUAACUUGAGAAAAUACUGAAUGCUUGUUUAUUGGAAAGAAGACUAAUGUUUUAGA